AUGGCCGAUAGUCUUGUCGACUCCCUAGAAAGAGUCCAUCUGGACUCAAACCCAGGAGAUGAUACUACGGAUGACUGGAUUGAUAGCAUUCUUGAUUCUCAACGGCCACGCAAGCGGGUGAAGCAGGAUCCAGAAGAUUUGAAGCGAUCACUAGAAGAGAAAUAUCUUACUCCGUCGACCUCAUUUUCUACAGAAUGGCUCAACAAACUGCAACAACGGUGGGAUACCCCGACAGAUUUCACGACCCUCUUCAAAAUUGCGCCGACCCAGACUCGUACUAUUACGCGAUUUACACGAGAAGGCCUCGAAGGUCGGGUUACGGGAUACAAAGAAGUCACAGUUCCCGCGAAUAGUGCCACGGCGAAGAACUCGACAUCCUUCUUGCGAAAGCCAGCCAACAGAGCGGAUAUGGUACGUGGCGCAGCUGGGUUCUUUCCAUUUGCUCCUGGAGGUCUUGAAAGCGUAGAAGCUGCUGCUGCUCUAGAUGAACAGAAUAUAAGAACCGAAAGCUUUGCUGGUGCGAAUGGUGGAAAGAGCAAAUUGGAAAGAGUCAUUAACUUCAGUGGCGAAGGAGGGCUCCUCAGCAUACCACCAGGAUUCACAAGAGGCUUGGAUUUCGAAAAAGUAAAAAAAGACGAGGUAGAUCUUAAAGAAGCGGAAGAGGUUGAAAAUGUCCUUGAAGAAGAGCCUGAUAAAGAGCCCGAGGAGAAUGGCCUAGAUGCGGGCGACAAAAUCUCGGACUCUGAAGAUCCAGAUGGCGUUUCAGACGAAAGCGAAAAUGAUGAUAUAGAUUCCCUCUUGCCGGUAGAGUUUCCAGCUCUGCAACCACAUGGAGUAUUGGCUGCGUCGAGUGCAAAAAGGGGAGGAAGAGAAUGGGCACAUAUGGUCGACGUCAAGCGAGAAAUCACCAAUUUCCGGGAGCUAGUACCUGAUAUGGCAAGAGAAUGGCCUUUCGAACUCGACACUUUCCAGAAAGAAGCUGUGUACCACCUAGAAAAUGGCGACUCGGUCUUCGUUGCUGCUCACACAUCCGCCGGCAAAACGGUAGUUGCUGAGUAUGCCAUUGCUUUGGCCGCAAAGCAUAUGACUAAGGCUAUUUACACGUCCCCCAUCAAAGCUCUGAGUAACCAGAAGUUCCGAGACUUUAGGCAAAUUUUUGAUGAAGUUGGUAUUUUGACAGGAGAUGUCCAGAUAUCGCCGGAAGCCAGUUGUCUCAUCAUGACUACUGAAAUCUUAAGAAGUAUGCUUUACAGAGGAGCAGACUUGAUCCGAGACGUAGAAUUUGUAAUUUUCGAUGAGGUCCAUUAUGUCAACGAUUUAGAGCGCGGCGUCGUUUGGGAAGAGGUCAUUAUCAUGUUGCCAGCGCAUGUCACCUUAAUUUUGCUAUCCGCUACAGUUCCCAAUACGUAUGAAUUCGCCUCAUGGGUUGGUCGGACCAAACAGAAGGAUAUAUAUGUCAUCUCUACCCCUAAGAGACCUGUUCCUUUAGAGCAUUAUAUUUGGGCAGAUAAAGGCAUUCACAAGAUAGUUGAUGCAAACAAAAAAUUCAUUGAGCAAGGCUGGAAGUCAGCAAAUGAUGCUCUGUCUGGAAGAGACAAAGUAAAGCGAGAUGCAGAGCCUGCUAUUCGGGGAGGCGCUAAUGCUGGAAAUGGAAGAGGACGUGGUAAUGACCGCGGGGGUAGAGGCGGAAAUCAACGUGGAGGUCAACGAGGUGGCUCUCAGCAGCGAGGUCGCGGCGGCCCACCAAGAGCCAGCCACAAUCCGGGUCAUAUGGGCAGAGGUGGACGACCUGGUGGCCGUACAUCAGCUGCACAGGACAAGACUCUUUGGGUACAUCUUGUUCAGUUCCUCAAGAAGGAGAGUCUGCUGCCGGCCUGCAUUUUCGUGUUCUCUAAGAAGCGUUGCGAGGAAAAUGCCGAUGCUCUGAGCAAUCAGGACUUUUGCACUGCAACAGAGAAAAGCGCUAUUCAUAUGAUCAUUGAGAAAUCUAUUGCUCGUCUCAAGCCCGAAGACAGGUUGCUGCCUCAGAUCGUAAGACUGCGAGACUUGUUAGGACGAGGUAUUGCAGUACACCAUGGAGGUCUUCUUCCAAUUGUCAAGGAAGUCGUGGAAAUGCUCUUCGCGCAGACUUUGGUUAAAGUCUUGUUUGCAACAGAAACAUUUGCAAUGGGAUUGAAUUUACCCACUCGGACGGUUGUCUUCUCCGGGUACCGAAAACACGACGGUCAUUCUUUCCGAAAUUUACUGCCUGGCGAAUAUACACAGAUGGCUGGUAGAGCUGGUCGGCGAGGACUGGAUACUGUAGGAUCCGUCAUUAUUGUUGCGCCUGGUGGAGGCGAAGCUCCUCCUGUGACUGAACUCCGCCAAAUGAUCCUAGGAGAAGCGUCAAAGCUUCGUUCGCAAUUCAGGUUGACUUACAAUAUGAUUCUGAAUCUCCUUCGUGUCGAGGCUCUGAAAAUUGAAGAGAUGAUCAAGCGAAGCUUCAGUGAGCAUGCUACUCAACAGCUUCUUCCAGAGCAUGAAAAGUCGAUCAAGUUGUCUGAAGCAGAUUUAGCAAAAGUAAUCCGCGAGCCAUGUAAUACUUGCGACCAGGACAUUGAAGUCUGCCAUCAGGCUUCUCAGGAUUUCAAGCAGCGCAGUUUAGAUCUUUAUCUCGGCUUACUGGCCACACCGGUUGGACGGCGAAUGUUCUGUCCCAGAAGACUGAUUGUUUACAAACGGGAUGGCAUCCGCACGCCGGGUGUGCUGCUUCGAGACGGAGCUACCAAUGGUGCUACACCUACGGUUCACGUCUUGGAAAUCAAAUCUCAGCGUGAUCAGCGUGAUUCAACUGAUUUGUUACCUUACUUGCCAAAGUUUCGAAAAUCGUUCACGAAGCUCCCUCAAGCGAAAAAGCACAUUGCCACGAGGACUUACCAAGUCCCGAUUGGCGAUAUCGAAUGUCUUACCAGGACUGUUCUCAAAGGCGUUAUACCUGAAAUAUUCCAUGGCGGCGAUGCUUACAACAAAGCUAAAGAUGAACUCUUCCGCAUAUGCAAAUCUUGGGAACUCAGUGAGUGGAACGAAAUGGAUGUGAGCAAGGUCAAUGAUCUCCAACUCAGAGAUAUCAUCGCUGCUCGGUUCGAUCAAGCGGCGAUUGCGCAAAAGGCUAAGGCACUGGCUUGUCCACAGUUCCUCAAGCAUUUCGCAAUGUGUCACGAUCAGUGGCUUAUCCAGGAGAAUAUUACCCAGCUGCGACAGCUGAUGUCGGAUCAAAACCUCCAGCUUCUACCAGAUUACGAACAAAGAAUUCAAGUCCUACGUGACUUGGACUUUAUCGAUGAAAGCUCAAGGGUACAACUCAAAGGCAAGGUUGCAUGCGAAAUACACUCCGCGGAUGAGCUUGUGCUUACAGAAUUGGUUCUUGAUAACGUUCUUGCUGCCUACGAACCUGCAGAGAUCGUAGCUCUAUUGUCGGCUUUCGUGUUUCAAGAGAAGACUGACACCGUGCCGAACUUAAGUGGAAAUCUCGAAAAGGGUAUGAAGACGAUAAUCGAGAUAUCUGAGAAGGUUAAUGAGCGUCAAACCUACCAUCAAGUCAUCCUUUCUUCAGAUGACUCCAAUGACUUUGUCUCACGUCCUCGAUUUGGCUUGAUGGAAGUCGUAUACGAGUGGGCGCGUGGUAUGAGCUUUAAGAAUAUCACCGAUUUGACAGAUGUACUGGAAGGUACUAUUGUCAGAGUUAUCACAAGACUCGACGAAACGUGUCGAGAAGUUAAGAAUGCGGCUAGGAUUAUUGGCGACCCAGAUCUGUUUACAAAGAUGCAGACUUGUCAAGAGAUGAUCAAAAGAGAUAUCACAGCGGUUGCCUCUCUUUAUAUGUAG